AUGGAGACUGACGAGCAGAAGAGGGAACGUCAGCAAAGAGCGCUCGGCGCCGCUUUUCUCGCCCACCAGGUCUCUGAGCUCGAGGAGUCUGUCGACACGCUUGCCUUCUCGCGCGACCCGCGGCUCUACGGACGAGGAGGAGGGCGAGGACGGGGUCGAGGAGGACGAGGUGGGGGAAGCAGCGAGUCGAGGGAGGACAAGCGGGAAGUCAGGGUGGUCGAUGCGAGUGCACUCGUACAUGCUCUGCCAGUCCUGAAGCGGUGGAUCAGGGAGGACCGCUACCAGCUCGUCGUUCCCUUGUCCGCUUUGUCCACUCUCGACCUACUAAAGAAGGCACCAAAUCCGCUCCACGACCUCGCUCGCGAUGCGACCCGCUUCCUCGAAGGCCAACUCGACAUUGCCCGCCAGAUUCAGGCCGCCUUCUCUCCCGCCGAUGCCGAUGCACGAACACGGUUGCGAGCACAGCGACAAACCGAGGAGGUGCCGUGGAGCGAGGUGGAGAAGCUGUUCAGGGUGCCGGAGGGGUGGGUCGUCGAGCUGCCGGAGGGAAUCGAAUUCCCUCCUCCAGUCGAGGGCGAGGAUCCAGAGCCGCUCCCACUCCCAACCGCCAACGACAUACCUCGACAUCUGCGUUCGACCAUUCAGAGCAUGCUCCACUUCCAUUCCUCCGCCCGCACAACCUCGCCAAGCGACACUUCGCCCGUCGGAAUCGUCUACAACUCGCUUCUCGAUACGCCUCCGCCUCUCGCUGAACCUCUCAGUCGCCUCGUUGCUCAUUCUGCCACUUCAGCCAACGAUAUCACGGAUCCUCACUCUUCACCGCGCCGCAGAACCCGCGAACCCGCUCCUCCGCCCGACUUCCUCGCCCUCUCGUCCGGCGACGCUCUCUCGUACUACCUCUCCACGUUCUUUCCCUCAAUCACCAAUGCUCUCUACGUUAUCCCGUCGACCGAAGUCGUCGCCGCCUCGUCGUGGCUGAAGGCGCAGGCGCAGGCAAAACAGCAGGCGGACGAUGUAUCUACGCGUGGGCGAGGCGGAGGAAGAGGCGGCGGACGAGGUCGCGGACGAGGAGGAGGCGAUGGCGGAGAGGGCAGAGGUGGCGGACGCGGAAGAGGCGGUCGAGCGCUCUCACCGAGCUCGCACAUUCCUCUCGCCCACCUCGUAGCGCUGGCCUCUCGCGCAGAUUGCAAAGGCGUCGCAAUGCAAGACUGA